ACUUUACAUCAUGGUGGUAUUGUAACUGUCAACACCGAUCAAUCAAGCGAAUUAUGUCUCAUAAGGGAGCAAUUAAAAAAGUUUCCGCCACCAAAGAUGCACAUCAGUCAAAUGUUAUAACCAAAUCGAAAGUUUCAUUGUCUACCAAAGAAUCAGAGAGUACAGAAAAGUUGAACAGAAAGUCUGUUGGUUCCGAGAGAAGAGGAGAAGGGGAUAUACGUUCCAGAUUAACACAGAAUGUUGAGCCCAGCAGAAAUGUUACAAAACGAUCGAUGGAAUCAUCUCGAAAUAAAUCUAUUAGAGAGAAUGCGUCUGCUGUAUCGAAAUCGAACGUAUCUAGUUCCAGAACAUCUUUAACGUCUAAAGCAUCAGCAUCUGAUCCUGCAAAAAGGUCAAGCGGCAGUAGCACAAUGAAAAGCGGUAAAUCGUCUGCUGGAAAAGUACAAAACAGUCGUUUGGAGAAGGGGGGACUGAGUACAAUAUUUAUACCAUCGUCGCUCACUAGCAAACUAGCUACUAAACCGGUUAAUAAAGAUACUUACGCCGCUUUAAAAGAAAAAGAGAAAGCAGGAAAAGAUUCAAGAACAUCGGAAACGAGCAACUCAAAAUUGAAGACUAGACAGCGUAAAUUGUCCAGAACAUUGAGUCCGAGCGAAGUGAGAAUGCUACAUUCCGCUAAACCCAGAUCAGACUCUUCACAAAGGAAUCAAAGUAAAAAAAAGCAGUCGGAAACGCUUCAGAUAGAAAACGAAUACGAUUACGAAGAUGAUUUUGAGGAUUACGAAUCUGAUUUCCAAGAAUGCAGUGAUAGCGAAACGUCGGAAGUCAACGAAGAGAUUAACAGCAGUCCUGUUCACUCGUUAUUAGACCCCAUUGAAUUACAUAGUAUCAAACAGCCAAAAAUCAUGAACAGUGCUGAGCAGCAAAAAGAAGAAGAGCAUAUGCAUGAUUCUGGUCAUUAUGAGCUCGCAGAGGCCAGGAAGAGGGCUGCAAGAAUAGAAUCGAUUGCUAGCGAUCCAAAGCUAGCUUCUCUUCUUGAAUUGAGACAACCAGUUAACAAAGCAUAUAGCGAGGACAGAUCCGAAACUAAAUCAUUACCGUUGUCUACCGAUGAAGGCUUCGAAGACAGUCGAUCAGGCGAUUUCACAAAAUCACCGCCACUUUCUCAGAUUUCGUUCAUCGACUUUCGUAAAACGAAAGAGAAUGAAAACACAAAGAAAUCCAAGAAAUGUUUAAGCAGGGGCGAAGAGCUUUUGGAAAUGAUAAAAUUAGAUGUCAUGGAAUGGUCUCUCCUAGAAUGUUCACCUAUACCAUAUGAAGAAUUUAUUAGAAACUAUGGGAAAUUAAAUGCUCAACAGAUGUCCACUCAAACCGGUGAAGAUAAUAUCGACGCAGAAACACAAACGGAGAAGACUAUGUUUAAAAAUAAGUGGACUCAAUUUCCGAUAACUUGUAGAAGCAAUUUACGAACGAAAGAGGAAUUGGACUUAUUUCGAAUGGAUCAAAUUGGUGUCGGCGAUGACAACGACAUAGAAACUAUGAAUUCUUUGCCACGAUCAUCUUUCGAUAUAUUGAGGUUAAGCGAUUUCAUAAAUCGUGCUGGAAGAGUUAUGUUAUCACUGUUGGAAGAACGAAGAUCCGGUGGAAAUGUUUUCAAAAACGAGGAGCAAGUUCCGUUCAGUGACGGUGUUGUGAAGCUUUCUGUAAAUUCGGUAACAUUCCUAGCUGGCAGAGCAGUGACAAUAAUUCAUUGUUCAGAAGUUUUAAACAAAGUAUUGGUGACUGUUCAUUCUCCAGCCGAAGAGGAAAUUGAGACGUCUAUCAAACAAGAUUACAUAACCGAUUGUUGCAUCGGUUGUGUCUGGAGUAUUUCUGAACCAUCGAUGCCGAUAAAAUUAUUUUAUUCGACAUGUCCUAUCACCGCAUGUUGUUUUCAUUUAACGAAUUACAAUGUAGUAUUUGCCGGACUACAAGAUGGCUCGAUAAGUCUCUGGGAUUUAAAAGAAGACGAAAUGUGGCAUCAGAAAAUGACAGAUAAAGCCAACGGACUAAGUUGGACAAUACGAACGCCUACUUACACGACUGCUGCUAACGCAGACAUAAACAUUUAUGACUCACAAAUUGUUGCAAUACGUAUAUUAUCUAAGAUUGAAGGAAAGUCGUUAGAACGGUGUAACAAUAAAUUUGUACCCAUUCAGAUAUGUAGCUUAAAUGAAAAGGGUCGUCUUGUUAUAUGGAGCGUUUUACACAGCAUGGGAAUAAAUGUCGACGAUUUAGGACUGUCGUAUUGGGGUAGCAUAAGGCUUGUUAAGAGUCGAGAACUUCUUUUGCAAACUGAUAACUUUAAAAAACGAAUCAACGCGGCUGCAUUUAUUGAUAUGCAUGUGGAUUGUGUUGAUAGUAAUAAUCUUUAUAUCGCCACUAACAGUAGCAAUAUUUUGCAUGCUACCUGCAUUGGUAAAAAAGCUAGUCCUAACGUGUACACAAAAUUUGAUACUAGUCCCUGUGGAAACGUAACCUGCAUAGAAAUGUGCCCGUUCGAAUACUCUUUUUUCCUGGUCGGUUGCGACGAUGGAACGAUUCGAUUACAUUCUUUGAAUACCGAAAAACCAAUUUUACAGCUAAGGGACGAAGACAAUAUUCAUACGGUGAAGUCUGUGCAAUGGUCAAAGUCGAAACCAUUUACAAUCUUCGUACUGGACAAUAAUUCGAGAAUACAUAUAUGGGACUUGAGCAACAGUGAUUUAUAUUCAACGUACUCGGCGAGUAUGCAAAAAUGCGGUACCAUUAAUAAUAUGCAAUUAUCGUCCUGUAAAACCGAACGUGAUAUGGCUCAUCAAUAUCUGGCCCUUGGAACGGAAUCCGGAAAUGUAGAAAUACAUAAAUUGAAGACAAACUUUUAUUACGCAAAGAAAGAAGAUUAUUUGCAGGAAUUGAACACUUUCAUGCGAUACAUCGAAAUUUUAUAACCGAUCUGAGAUUAUUAAUGAAAAACACACAAAGGAAUUGAAUUUUUUGUACUUCCAGUGAUUUAAUAUCUAUACUUUUUAUCUAUCGACCAUACACCUAUGAUUUUCCAAGUGAACAGUACAUACUUGGCAUUUAGUUGAAGACAAUCUUGCAAACGUAAUAAUAAAAUUUAAUACUAUUAUUAAUACUAUACUAUAGAACUGUAAGUGACAAGGAAAUCUCAGCAAAUCUAUUGACUUGAUUAGAAGUAAUUCAUUAUAAGUUUUAUUAAUCUCAUGAACCAACACCAUCAGAUCUGU